UACAAAUAAACAUUUUAUCAUAAAACAGAAAACAAUUUCUAUCGCAGAGUUCGAGUGAAGCCGUGAAUCACAACUCAUUUAAGACCUAAAAUCAAAUUAAAACGAGCGAUUUGAAACAUUUUUUUGUGAAUCGCAAGUGCUUAAGAUAGUGAGAAAUAAUUCAAAAUAGCGCCAAAAAAUAUUAAUUUUAUGCAUCUGCCAUCGGCAGAGCCUCAAAAAGCAAUCGAGAGGAAUUGGAAAAAUAGUGAAAUGUUGGUGGAAGAAGGUUCGAAUACGACAAAUAGCAGUAGUGCGUCACCACCAAAAUCAUUAGCUCCAAAUGAUUAUUGGUGGACUGAUCGAAUGGUUAUUCGUGCACAGGAAGAAUAUCCAGGUGAAUUAGUUCGAACAGGAAGUCCAUACUUCCUAUGUUCUGCAUUGCCUAAUCAUUGGCGAUCUAAUAAAACACUUCCAGUUGCAUUUAAAGUUGUGGCAUUAGGUGAUGUUCAUGAUGGUACAAUUGUAUCAAUUCGUGCUGGAAAUGAUGAGAAUUUUCAUGGUGAAUUAAGGAAUUGUACGGCAACAAUGAAAAAUCAAGUGGCUAAAUUCAAUGAUCUUAGAUUCGUAGGACGAAGUGGACGAGGUAAAAGCUUUACAAUAACUAUAACAGUUUCAACUUCACCGCCACAAGUUGCUACUUAUACGAAGGCAAUAAAAGUAACAGUUGACGGACCGAGAGAGCCGAGGAGUAAAAAUGCUCCAUCACCUGGAAGUCAUUUGAGGACAUUUAGUUUAAAUCAACGUAUAUUAGAAACGACACCAUAUUUAAGAGAUCUCGAGCCAUAUAGAAGAAAGUCAUUGUCACAAUUGAACAAUAAUUCAUCAAUUCAGACAGCAAAUACAAAUAUUCCUGCUAUUGAGUGUGGCUAUAAGCCAAAUGCACCACAAAUUCAAGAAAAUAACUUAAUGGGAGCUGCUGAAUGGACGGGAUACACGCCAACUGUCGCCUCAUCUUACCCUUCAUCAUAUCAAACAUAUGAUCAAUCAAGUAUAUUGCCGGCAGUUCUUCCGAAUGAUGGAAUUUCGUACAAUCCAUCGGAUUAUCAUUGUGGAUCAACUGGUGCACAAAAUGCAGCAUCAUAUGCUAGUGCUGGUCAGUUUACAUCUCUAACACCUUGGACAAAUGAAGUAGAUCAAUAUAAUUAUGGAUAUAAUAGUUAUCAACCGUACUCUUGUCAAUCUGCUGUACAGUCUCAAUAUCCACCACCCCCACCACCUGCAUCAGCCCAAACAACAAUGCUUUUAUAUCCACAAGUUUAUUCAACUGUAAAUCAAAAUCAAAUUCAUCUACAUCUACACGGAAGUGAUAAACUUGUUGAACAGUAUCUCGGUAAUGCCACAAAUACAAUGCCAUCGGAUAGUAGUGCAUUUGCAUUAGGCGGCAGUGGUGUGAUAGCAAAUAAUAUAAACCAUAAUCAGCGAGCGAUUGGAGGUCUUGAACUUCCGAUGAUUACACAAGCUGAUGAUGUAAAGCUUCAAGAACAAACAGUCGAUCAAGAUGUCAAUGAUCAAAGUGUUUGGCGACCUUAUUGAAAUUUUAUAUUUUUUAUGUAGAAACUACCAAACGUUCCAUUAAUUAAGUUAAAAUUCUUGUAAAGAUUAUGUAGCAUACUGAUUUAAUGUUAAUGGCCGUGAUGCUGUGCGAGUUUUUUAACAGGCUUUUUGAAAUUUAAAUGAACUGAAAUUUAAGAUCUAGGAAUCUCAUGACAAUAUGAGAUAUGAAUGAAUUCAAGCCUGUCCGCAUACUAGCACAUUCAUCCAGCAGAAAAAGCACAUCCUUACAUUAUGUUUUAAGUAGGAAAUGAAUUUUUAACCUUUUAUUAAAGAUUAAAAUAAAAAGAGAAAAUUUUAAAAGACUA